AUGGUUAGUGCAAGUAGGAAAGAUUCGGCUGCAAAGCAUGAUGAUGCUCUAUGGGCAUACCGGACUACCUACAAAACUCCAAUCGGAACCUCCCCUUACAAGCUAGUUUAUGGGAUGACAUGCUAUUUACCGGUGGAACUUGAGCACAAGGCCUAUUGGGCGAUAAAGAAGCUGAACUUUGAUGCAAAAUUAGUGGGUAGAAAGCGGGUGAUGCAAUUGAAUGAGCUUGAUGAGUUUCACUUACAUGCAUAUGAGAAUGCCAAGUUAUAUAAAGAAAAUACCAAGUGCUGGCAUGAUAAGCAUAUCCACCAUCGCGAGUUCGAACCGGGCCAAUUGGUUCUCUUGUUCAAUUUGAGGUUAAGACGCUUUCCAGGGAAGCUCAAAUCGAGAUGGUCGUGCCCGUUUGAGGUAGUAAGAGUCACUCCACAUGGUGCAAUUGAGUUGCACGUCUUAGGUGGCGAGAGAACAUUCUUAGUGAACGGACAAAGAGUAAAGCUCUAUUAUGGAGGUGGCUUUGAUCGUCAGAAGUCGAAGAUGAUUAUAAGCAUAGGAGGAAAAGCCAUUGGAAGUGUGCAAAAGCGAGUUAGAUG